UCAUUGACAGAUCAAGUAUUUUCAGACUGAUUUAAUAUUGUUCAUAGAUUGUAAAUAAAUGUAAAAUAAGGGAUAAUAACAAAUUGCAAUGAGUAACGAAGCUCAAUGCUGUAUAAAUGCACUUUGUCGAAUUUGUUUGAAACAGUUGCAGGAUGGGAAUACUUACGAUCUAUUUGCUAUCCCUGGAUUAGCUAAAAAGUUAUGUGUUUGUACAUCGCUAUCGGUGGAGCUUCACGAUGGAUUUCCUCGGAAUAUAUGUGGAGUUUGUUAUUCCCGUUUAAAUGACAUGCAAGAUUUCUUAAAAAUGUGCGUAGAGUCCGUAGCAAAGUUUCAGGAAAUGGUAGCAAAAAAUUUAAUUAAAGACCAAGCAAUUGCUCUGGCUGUAUUGGAAACGGGGGACGUAGAUACACAAAAUGCGGCUGUUGAGGAUGAUGAGCCUACAGACUUUGAUCCACUCUUAAAUCAUAAAUUAGAAAUUAUAGACAAUGCAGAAGAUGUUUUUAAAAUGUUGGAAAACGUUGACAAAGAAGUUAUUGAUAAUGUGGUUAAUAUUAAACCCGAAGUUUCUGUUAAUGAUAUAAUUAUACCUGACGAAAAGAAUGUAAACAGUGAUAAUUCCGAUUUUCAUGAUAAUGAUGAUUCUGAUUAUGAACCGUUUAACGACGAAUGUUGUGAUGAAAGUGAUGAUGAAAAACCGUUGGCUGCACGUUUACGGAAGUCUCGAAGAUCCAAAAGGGCACUAAGAGGUGAAGAUAUAAUUGAUGAUGGACUUGAAGCAGAUGACUACGAGGCGCCAAUUAAAAAGAAUAAGAUUAAACGAAAAUGCCGGCCUCGAGUGGAAGGUGACGACUCAUCCGCCAAUACUAUAGAGUGCCAUAUUUGUCAAAAAAGGUUCAGAAAACCAGAAAGAUAUGAAGAGCAUAUGCGACAUCACAAUGAUAAGUUACCCCACCAAUGUACAGUAGAAUCAUGUUCGAAAGGAUUUACUACAGCUAAUGGUCUCCGUCUGCAUAUGGAACAUUGUCACGCUGAAACAUGUGAAAGUUUUCCAUGUCCCGAAGAAGGUUGUGGUCGCACGUUUCCUCGGACACGUUUACUUAAUUGGCAUUUGCGCAAGGUGCAUAAAAUAGCGAAAGAGUUGCGGGAAGCCAAAUGUUAUACCUGUAAUCAAUGUGAUAAAAUCUUUCGUUGCCCCAUGGCGCUCAAAAAACAUAUGUAUAAACAUGAUGGCAAGGAGCUGCCGUUCCCUUGUAACAUAUGUGGUAAACGUUUCGUAAUCAAUAGUGCACUUAAAGAUCAUCUUAUGAGGCAUGCCGGAAUUAAAAAUUACGUUUGCCCUUACUGUGGUGUUGGAAAAACUACGCGACAAGAAUGGAAUACUCACAUAAACACACACACACAGGAAAAAAAAUUCAAUUGUCCACAGUGUGCAUAUGCGUCACAUAAUAAACAAAAUUUGCGAAUGCAUGUGAAGAUUGUGCACGAAAAAAUCAAGGAUUACGCUUGUCAGUAUUGUGGCAAGACAUUUGGUAAGUCCAACGCUUGUAAAAUGCAUGAAAUGACACAUACCGGUGAGAAGCGUUGUGAGUGCAAAGUAUGUGGGAAACGGUUUCUUUAUGCCAAAGCUUUGACAAAACAUCUUAAAACACAUGAGAAGCGUGUAUUACGAGCCAUUGAAGUGUACCGUAAAAGACAAAUAGAAAACGGCUUUAUGCCGGCCGAUGCGCCCGAUAUACCUAUUCCCGAAUUGCUUUCUACGGAAUCACACACACAAGAGGCUCACCAAAAAGUAGCUGAAGAAAUAUUAAAAGUUUGUGCAGAAUCUACCGCUACAAUACCGAAAAAUCCUCGACGUGUUGAACGCGUCGACAUAUCGGAGUUGGCAGGCACUGCUGUAAACCCCAUACCAUCUGUAGCUGUACCAUCGUGGUCGCCACAAAUCAAUUUUAUGAUGAAAGAAGGUCCUUACAUUUGUCCGGAUUGUGGUCAAGGCUUCAAUGGUCAGGGAAAUCUGAAAAGGCAUCAUCGAAUUGUACACGAAGGUGUUAAAGACUUUGCCUGCCGUUUCUGUCACAAACGUUUUGCAAAAGCACAAACACUCAAACAUCAUGAAAUGACUCACACCGGCGAAAAGCCACAUGAGUGUAGCAGUUGUGGAAAGCGUUUCAUCCAGUAUGUGGCAUUAAAGCGACACAUGAAAAUUCAUAUGAGUAAACCACCACCUGUCAUACCUUCAAGCGUGUACGAGGCCCGUGAAGAGUUAGAGAUGCAGGAGCGUGAAAAGUUGGAAACCAAACGAAAAAAGCUGGAAGCACGUGCUGCUAUUGCCGAACUUGCCCGCGAACAACUUAAUGAAAUGGUAGUACAAGAGCCGGACGAUAAAAUGCCGCUGCAACCAGAUCCGGAGAAACCACAAGUACUGAAUGAAAUUCAAGAAUUUAUAAAAAUCGAUCCAACAUCGGAACUAGAAACGUCAAAUAAUUCAAACCUAAUUGAUUUCACGCAUACGGAAAUAAGCAGCAAGGAUUCGUGAGCGAAAAAUUUUACGAUUUGGAAGGACUUGAGACAGCAUUGCCUUUUCGUAGCAUUCGUAUACUCAUAUACUUAGGUAUAUAUGGAACCAAUGUUAUAUGCUUUCCCUGUGAAAGCUUAUCGCCGAUUUGAGUGGUCAUUAAGAACAAGAAUCGAGUUUCGUUACAAUUUGUUUUUAUAAUUGAGUUAAUUCAAUUUUGCAUAUUAAUUUGUGUGUUUUCAAACAAAGUUAAGGGCAUUAAAAGCAUUUCAUUUUUUUUUACGAAUCUUAAAAAUUUAAUACAUCAUUAAAUGCAUAUGCAUGUGCUACUUUAAGUGCCACAAUCUUAACGCUAUAAAGAUUCGUAAUGGAAUAUACAUUUUUAUGUAUACGAAAUAAUGGCGUUUGCUAAUUUACUUAAAUAUUAAAUAUAUUUAUAA